ACAUGCACGAUAUUGAAGAUGAUAUCUCCCAUUAUCUUCAUCUUUUCUCUCCUCCUUUUCUCCUGCCAUGCUGCUGUGCAGGACUUCUGUGUGGCCGACUUAACAGCUCCUGAAACCCCAGCAGGCUACGCUUGCAAGAAGGCUGCAAAUGUGACGGUGGAUGACUUUGUUUUCUCCGGCCUAGGCGUUGCCGGAAACACCACAGGUACUUUUAACAAAGCGGCAACCAUCCCGGCAUUUUCUGCGCAGCUUCCGGGUGUGAACGGGCUUGGAUUUUCUUUUGCUCGCCUGGACAUGGAGCCUGGUGGAGUUUAUCCAAUCCACACACAUCCUAGAGCUACAGAAGCCAUAAUUGUUUUGGAAGGGAAAAUCACCGCUGGGUUUGUUUCCUCGGCUAAUACAGUUUACUAUAAAACUCUGAAGCAAGGUGACGUCAUGAUUUUCCCCCAAGGAUUACCACACUUUGUAGUGAAUGCCGGAUCAACUCCAGUCCAAGUAUUUGUUAGCUUCAGUAGUGCAAAUCCCGGUAUCCAGAUUCUGGACUUCUCUUUGUUUUCAAACGAUUUUCCCUCUGAAUUGAUAGCAGCAACAUCUUUCCUUGACAUUCCUCAGAUUAAGAAGCUUAAGGCCUUUUUUGGUGGCACUGGUUAAUUAAUUAAUUAAGCUCUUAAUUUCGAGAUCUACGUACCAUAUAUGAGUGGUCUUUUGUAAUUGUAUGUACGUACCUAUUGCUUUACAAGUUUG